AUGCUCCUGGACGCCGGCCCCCAGUACCCCGCGAUCGGCGUGACCACCUUUGGCACGUCCCGCCACCACUCCGCGGGCGACGUGUCCGAGCGCGACGUUGGCCUGGGCAUCAACCCGUUCGCCGACGGCAUGGGAGCCUUCAAGCUCAACCCCAGCUCGCACGAGCUGGCCUCUGCGGGCCAGACAGCCUUCACAUCUCAGGCGCCUGGCUACGCGGCUGCCGCUGCCCUUGGCCAUCAUCACCACCCGGGCCACGUCGGCUCCUAUUCCAGCGCAGCCUUCAACUCCACGCGGGACUUUCUGUUCCGCAACCGGGGCUUUGGAGACGCGGCAGCGGCAGCCAGCGCUCAGCACAGCCUGUUCGCUGCUUCGGCAGGGGGUUUCGGGGGCCCACACGGCCACACGGACGCUGCGGGCCACCUCCUUUUCCCCGGCCUUCACGAGCAGGCUACGGGCCAUGCAUCGUCCAACGUGGUCAAUGGGCAGAUGAGGCUUGGCUUCUCGGGGGACAUGUACCCGCGGCCCGAGCAAUACGGCCAGGUGACAAGCCCACGUUCGGAGCACUAUGCCGCGCCUCAGCUUCACGGCUACGGGCCCAUGAACGUGAACAUGGCCGCGCAUCACGGCGCCGGAGCCUUCUUCCGCUACAUGCGCCAACCCAUCAAGCAGGAGCUUAUCUGCAAGUGGAUCGAGCCGGAGCAGCUGGCCAACCCCAAAAAGUCGUGCAACAAAACUUUCAGCACCAUGCAUGAGCUGGUUACGCACGUCACUGUGGAGCACGUCGGCGGACCCGAGCAGAGUAACCACAUCUGCUUCUGGGAGGAGUGUCCGCGCGAGGGCAAGCCCUUCAAAGCCAAAUACAAACUGGUCAACCACAUCCGCGUGCACACGGGAGAGAAGCCCUUUCCCUGCCCCUUCCCUGGCUGUGGCAAGGUGUUCGCGCGUUCUGAGAACUUAAAGAUCCACAAAAGAACACACACAGGGGAGAAGCCCUUCAAGUGCGAGUUCGAGGGCUGCGACAGACGCUUUGCCAAUAGCAGCGACCGCAAGAAGCACAUGCACGUGCACACGAGCGACAAGCCCUAUCUUUGCAAGAUGUGCGACAAGUCCUACACGCACCCCAGCUCGCUGCGCAAACACAUGAAGGUCCACGAAUCCUCCUCCCAGGGCUCACAGCCUUCGCCGGCCGCCAGCUCGGGCUACGAGUCCUCCACGCCGCCCACCAUCGUGUCUCCCUCCACAGACAACCCCACCACCAGUUCCCUGUCGCCCUCCUCCUCCGCGAUCCACCACACAGCCGGUCACAGCGCGCUCUCUUCUAAUUUUAAUGAAUGGUACGUUUAA